UUGAUUUCUAACUAUAGCCAUACCGUCAUUCCAUCUGUUUUCAAGAAAUAGUGGAUUUCUUUGAAAAAGUAUACCUAUUUGGAUGGUAUGAAAGUAAAUGACAGUAUGCUCUAAAACCUAUAAUAGUAGUAAAUUAAUUAUUACACUGCACUUUGUUAUAGCUACAAUCUUUAGAAAUAACUUCGAUUGAUAGAAUUCUUCCCGGUCAUUUCAAUGGUCGAUUAUGUGCUCUGAAGUUAGUGUCCGAGUCAUUUCAUGCUGGCAGAUAAAGAUCAAAAUCCUUCACUCGUAUAGAGACCACCGAGCGUCUAAACCACGAGACUGACCUGGUCUGUCUGCACUCAUGUUUUCUUCUCUACUGUCUAGUCUAGUUGUUUAAUUUGUUCCAGAGUUCUUUGUUGCAACACAUUUUCAUUUUUGGACUCGAGCAUAAAUACAAACGGAAAACUAAUCAAUCAAUUUUCAUUUUAUUUAUUUGAUUUAUUUUGGAUAUUUAUACGUGAUUAGAUCCACCAAUGAAAAAAUGUUUGGCAAACAUUUAUCAGUCAAUGUGGUUUAGAUAGAAUAUAAGGUCUCAGGAUACGUGGAAUUUGAAAUGAUAUACAUAUAUGUGGAGUUGGGAGACAUUCAAUCUCUCUGCAGAAUACAUACAUAGUACCAGCUCCAAGUCCUGAAGCUUUUCUCAUGUGGUGAAGUAAAAGUUGUCCACUCAAUAAAUAGUUCCUUUUGGGAUGCUUUUAAGUGGACUAUAAAUACUCACUCAUCUUCAUUGCUUAUCCCUCAUGUUUUCUUCUCAUCUUCAAAUUCUAUUCUUUUUUCUGGCUACCGAAACUCAACUCAAAUUCCUUCUCUCAAACCCUAAUUUUGAUGUUCUUUGGUCUUGAUUUUUUGUAACACAUUCUACACAAAAACCAAUCUUCUUUUGUUCUGGUCUUACUUUUCCACCGUCACUAAAUAUGUCGUCUGUAGUUUGUCAAAACUUCCAAUCGUGCUUUGAGCCUCGCACCCUAGGUCUCCAAGUGUCCUCAAAUCAACUCGCAUUCUUAUGUGACAUGAGGUCUCCUACAGUAUCAGAAUCCCGUUUUAACACUGAGCAACCUCAUAAGUACUACAAUCACGGCAACAACAACACGUACAAGCAGAAAACUACCAACUCGGAUAGUUGGAGUUGUAUCGAAUCUAUAACCAAAGUUGAUGAAGUAGAUGAAAAGAAAGAAAAGUCGACUUACAUUCAUCCCAUGGUUAAGCGUUCGUCAUCGGCCCUUAGUGGGAAGAGCUUGGAACUAUGCACUGAGACUUUAGGUUGUGAGACAGGUACAAAUGUUGAUGAUGAUGACAAUGUAAGCUUUUCUACUUCUUCAAUGUCAUCAAACUCAGUUGAAAGUUGUAGGAGCCCUGCGAGGAAAACAUCAAAUUCUCAACAGUUUUCAGUGCAUGAGAAGGUAAUAACUAGUCCUCGACGAUCUUUCCCUCCUCCAUUGACUUCAAUCGGCAACAGUAGCGAUUGUAAUGUUCAAUUUAGGCCCCACCGUGAAGGCGGCCGACUAGUUAUCAAAGCCAUCGCUGUUGCAACUUCUCCGACUUGUUUUCAAGCUGAAAGAGUAAAUGGUCGUCUUAGACUUCUCCUAAAGGAACAAGUAUUCAACGAGGACCAAGAAAAUGAAGAAGAAGAAGAUGAUGAAAAUGAAAAUGAUGGCGUCAAGGAAAUGCAUGAAGAAGAGAUAAAUAAGGACUCAAAUGUAAGGGAGGAGAUGGAUGGGAUUAAGGGUGAUGUGGUAAGUGAAAUGGGAAUUGGAAAUCUGCAUAGGCACAGAAGGUGCAAGGAAAGUGGAAACAAAGCAGAAUUGGCAAAAUGGGAUCAUUUUUGCGUGGCUACAUAAGAAAGACAGUACGUCUAACUAGUUAGCUGGCAUAGUACCACCAUCCAGCUGUGCUGUAUUUUUCUUUUCCACAAGUGAACUCUCAUGACACUCAAAUAACAUGGUUAGUUUGUUAGUUAAGGUAGUUAUUGACUAGUGCAGGUAAAAGUGUGCUAAAAACUGAUUGUUGUUUCAACUUCUUGGUAAUGAAAAAUAACAUUUUUACAAAAUCACAAAUA